CUCACACGUGUAGACAACCCCGCAUGCGCCAUCUCACUAGGUAAAUGGCUUGUUGUGCCUCUGUUUGAGUUGCUGUAGUCGCCCGCCGCCAUCCACGUCGAUGUGGUUCCUCGAACACGAAAGCCUCUUCGGAGGCAAGCGCGUGUGGCUUCGCCCCGGCUCUCAGCAACUGUUUGGCCGGACCAAGACAGAUAAGGAUGCGACGGAAGGGCAGUCGUGGAAGAUCGAAAAUAAGGCCGUGUCACGGAAGCAUGUCAUGCUGAAGGUGCUGGAGCCGUCGCCCGCAGACGGCACGAACCUGCAUGCGAGGUCGCAGAUCGAGGUCACCGAUCUCAGCUGCCGCCAGGGAACAACGGUCGACGAAAAGACAAUUUUGAAGAGCCGGAAAGCGGAUGACGGGACCAUCGCCUACGACAAGUCUGUCCUCAAGGGAACAGAACAUACAAUUAGACUGGCGCAAGGCUAUGCGCCCUUCAAAAUUGUAUGGAGACCCGUCGUCUUUACGUAUGCAUCGAAAGAGGCAAAAGACAGCAAGAUCCGCAGCACGCAGCUACACACUUUCGAUAUCAAGACCACGGCCGAGUUCGUUUUUGACAAGACUACCCACGUUGUGUCCCAAAAACGGAACCUUCCAAAAGUCUUGUCGGGUCUACUCUCUGGGAAGUACGUUGUGACCGGAGAUUUCCUCGACGCCGUCUUGGAUGCUGCCACAGCCUCGGUCGAUGGAGCAGGGAACUACGCACCCUCCAGGCUGGAGGAAGAUUUUGAUGCACACUGGCCCGAAGCAAACGACUAUGUUCCACCUGUUGGUGCAGAGCCGGUCGCGCAACCUCACGAGAUGCUGAGACCCGAUGUUUCGCGCUCGGAGCUGUUCUCAGGAUUGACCUUCGUCUUUCUGAACGAGAGCCAGUACAACAGUCUACACCAGCCUAUCUCUCAUGGAGGCGGCAAAGCGCUACUCUACGACGUGCGACCAGGCGAGACAACAGUGCAAGAAUACGUGGACUAUGUAUGGAGUGUGUUAGGCCUGAAGAAGCCGAGCAAUGUCAGUAGGAAUAGAAUUCCUGUGGUCACAGUUCGUCUGGCAUCAUAUCCUGAUGGUAUGGAAGACUGGGCUGCCAACUUUGUUACUGGAGUCGACCAGGCUCUCAAUCAGCGUUCGAUUCUUCAAAAUGAGUUUCUAGAUGUCAUCGUUACAAAGGACAUAACAUCAUUGCGUAAGCCUCCCGCAGAAGUCGACGAAGUUACAUCUAGUGCAGUCCAGGUUCUCCCAACGAGGCGUUCAAUGCGCGAGUCCACUCCAGCGUCCCAGUCUGGAACUCCAUCACAGGCCACCGAAUCGCAAGCGCACCCGACGGAAGAUCUAGCUAAAACUGUUCCGCGAAAACGUGUACAUCGCGCGAAGACUACAAGCCGAUUCACGGGCUUCGAUGACUACGAGCCGCCUCCAAAAAAAGCGAAGAUGGAGGACACUCGAAUGCAGGACAUUCAGGAAUCCACAGAACCGUCUGCUCAAGCUUCAGCACCCGUUCCAACUUCACCGACACGCUUGGAUCCAUCACCGACAGUUCAUGACAACGCAGAAGAACAGGAAGAGGUCAUGGACGCUCUCUUCCCAGCCGCCGCAGAAAUGAAGCGUCGCAGAGCAGCAACCCGUGCCCCUUCCGCCUCUGUCGAACCCGAAUCCGGCGUGCCCGACCAAAAGCCCAAGAGCAGAGGCGUAGAAGCCAUGGAGAAGCUCCAGCAAGCAAAGAAGAAAGCGAAUAAGGAAAUCAACGUCCGCGAACACACCCGCCUCCGCAUCAAAGAAGAAGACGACCGCCGGAAAGCAGACGAAGAAAACCUGCGAGAAGCGCUCGAAGGGGUCGAUAUCGCUGAGAUGCGGAAUUUGGCAAAGAUUCAGGAGGUAGAGAUCCGCCCACGGGAGAAUAGAGGUACUGCACAAACCCAAUCGCAAGGCCGUAGUGAACGCUGGAACCCCGAGUGGAACGGCCGCAAGAAUUUCAAGAAGUUUCGCCGACGAGGCGCGGAGCAGGGCGUGCAAACCCAAAAGGUUAUCGUCACGCUCGAAGAAGCGCCCCCCAAGAAGGGCUUUGGCGUUGGCGAUGCUUUCUUUCUUGAAGACGUGGAGCCCUCGUUUCGAUUCAGAUCAAGCAAGAAGACUCGAGAUGAUGAUUCUUCGGAGCCGGAGCCUGGUUUCACGAGGCGGAAGCGCACACAGCCGCCUGAGGUGGUCAAUGUUGAAGAGAGCGGGCCGGACGACGAAGAAAUCCAGGUGCCUGGGACGCGAAACAGCAGCGGCAGAACGCAGAGGAUUGAGGAAACCCAGGUCGAAGAGGGUCAGACGCAGACACAGAGAGGCGCGAAGAAGCGGGGCCCUGCCAGUUCUGCGGCAGGUCAACCAGCCAGUAAGAGGGGGAAGGUUAGUAGGAGGGACGAUGAUAGUGAUGAAGAGGAGACUGGGUUUAGAUUCAAGCGGAGGAGGUAGUGAAAAGCGACUUCGAUUUUGUUCGUUAUCUUGUUUCACUGGCGGCUGUCGUGUGGUAGAAGAAGCUCUCGAUGUGAACAUGGUAUGUUUGAGUGCAGAAACGAUACAUCUCAACAAUUGUCAUAGUAACCAACACGACGCCCCAACACCGUCCGGUUUGCUGGAAAAAGUCAAGGAGCAGUUUCGUCUCGUUAAUCAUGGUCUUCGUGCCGCGCUUGCCGACGUGUACAACUUGCCCCCUCUUCACGCCCAAGCCAUAUCUCCACCAGCCACACAAAGCUGGCCGACCUAACACUGUCUGGCCGUGGGUAUUGUCCUCAACGUCCCCCCUUUCCAGCAGGGUUCUACCGCUUUCGCUCGAAAUAGGAACUCGAUGCGAAAAACGCAACGCU